CUUCGGCCGUCCGGUGAGUUUUGAGUCCGUCCAUUCUGGUAAGGUCCAGCUACAGGGAUUAUAGUUUCACGUAAGUUAAAAAAAAAAAAAAACAGAGAAGAAGAAGAAGAAGAUAAAUAUAAAAUAUGUCAAUCAAUUUCAUAGAGAGAGAAAAAGGUCAAUCAACAAGGCCGGUACGGCGCAUUUUGCCUUUCGAAUUCCGCAACUUCUCCCGUGUGCAAUGCAGCGUUCCCUGGGAGGUAAAGCUCUUUCAUAUUGCGAGGAAUGCAAAUGAAGUUGCUGAUAGAUUAGCUAAACAAGGGAUAUCAGUUUCCGCCUAUUUUGAUGCGCGUCCGAGUAGCUUGAGAAGUCUUGUGGAUACGGAUUGCUUGGCAUUUGAUCCCAAUCUAGUUUUUUUUUUUUGGGCUAAGCCCUCUGUUGUACCGGAAAAAAAAAUGCAGCGUUCCCUCUUGCUUUACAUUCAAGUGUGAUUUUGUUUUUGGGCCCCGAAAAAAGGUUCGAUUAGUUCUACGGGUCCUCCGACGUAGAUUUCAGGAAAAUACGUGAUAUUUGAGAGGGGGUGACAACCCUUGAGGAUCUUCACUCGUUCAAAAAACCUAGGUUAUGUUUCGUAAUGGAAUUCAUCAAAUCCUCAACAAUCUGAUUGGAUCAAGAUUUCAUCGGGAUUGUUCGUUCUCCCACUUUGGCUCUUCUAGAAAUACGGGAAAGGAAGGAAAUAUCUUUUCACGAGGGCAGUUGUAGCAGGGAGUACUAACAUUUGAAGGGCCCAGCACAUGCAAGAAAGACCCCUAAUUGAUAAUGUGGAAGUUUUUUCAAACUAGAUCUGGAGAUAAUGAAGGGCAGGAGGAGAGCUUUCUGGGUGAGGAGUCAGAUGGCUUCUGCUCCCUCUCUCCAAUGCAGAGAGUUUAUGGAUUCGCUGCUUGUUUGAUUGCUGGUCUGGUUUGCAUGUUGGUGUCAAUAGUUGUCUUUGCGAAACCCAUCAAAUUUGCGGUAUUGUUCACCUUUGGCAACCUGUUAGCAAUUGGAAGCACAGCUUUCCUGGUAGGACCUGCACAACAACUAGGAAUGAUGUUUGACCCUGUCCGCCUGGUUGCAACAGCCAUAUACCUUGGAUGUGUAGUUAUAGCGCUUCUUUGUGCUCUUCUGAUCCGCAGCAAGGUUCUAACAAUAAUUGCUAUCAUAGGCGAGAUAUGUGCGCUCAUAUGGUACAGUCUGAGUUAUAUACCUUUUGCUCGGAGAAUGGUAUCUGAGUUGAUGGUCCGUUUAUGUGACACUGAGCUAUGAAAAUAUGCGUCAAGAAAUUUUUUUCGAUGCGGCCUCUUGUAGACUUCAUCAAAUGUGUUAAAUAUGUGGAGUUGAUCUGAUUGAGCAUUUGGUUGGUAUUUUCAUAUGGUUAUUACAAACGUCAAAUACCAGAUUUUGUACCUACGAGGAUUUGUGUUCUAUGCUCCUGUUCAUUUUCCCUUUCUUGUUGCUAUAAUGUAAUUAAAAAUAUUUGAAAGGGAUCGUUCGACCCGGAAAAAGAAAAGGGUAGUUUGUGGAUCAGGUCAUCAGGAAUCACCAAUUGAAAAUGUGUUGUGAACUUAUGAUCGCCAGAUGUUAAAUUGCAUCGUUGACAGGAGCAUGCCUUGUCGGCUUGUCUUUUAACGAGAAAUGAAGACUAGAUGGUCUAGGACCAAUAAACCAUUUCUGUUCUUUUCAAUGUUUUUUGUUUCAGAUUUUUUGGUGGGAUGAGAUAGAAACCAAUGCAUGGGCUUGCUUGUCACAAGAAGAAAA